AGGUCUGUGCCCAUGGGGUGUUGCCCAGCAGGACGGAUCUUUUCUCCAGACUUGGCUUGUGGGCACCAGAGCAGAGCAGCAGCACGGUGCUGUGGGACAGGGCACCCUGGGGUGAGAUGUUCCCUGCCCUGAAGAGAGAGCCCAGGCAGGAGGAUGAAGCACAGGGACACGCUGGGCUGCUCACUCCAUAGGCGCUGGAGAGAGGCCACCCCUCUGCUCGGGGCUGCUCACCAUGUUCCACCUCUUCUCCCACUGCUGGUCGUGGCUGCAGGCCAUACAGGAGCCCGUCAGGAAGGUGACCAUCCUUGUCAUGGGGCUGGACAAUGCAGGGAAAACCUCGGUCAUCAUGGACAUGGAGAGAGCGCUGGCCGGGGAGGUGCUGCCCGAGGCUCAGCCCGGCCGGACCCGCCUGCGGGUGGAGAGGUUCGAGGUGACGCUGCUGGACGUGCCCGGGGGGCAGCGCUCCCGCGGCGCCUGGCGCAGCCACUGCAGCGAGGCGCACGGGCUGCUCUUCGUCCUGGACUCCGGUGACCUGGCACGGAUGGACGAGGCCCGCAAGGUCCUGAGCCGCGUCCUGAGCCACCCUGAUGUCUCCGGGAAGCCCCUCUUGCUGCUGGCCAACAAGCAGGACUCGGCAGCCGCUCUGCUGCCCUGCGAGCUGAUCGAGCGGCUGUGCCUGGAGCGCCUGGUGAACGAGAACCGCUCUCCGUGCCGCAUCCGCUGUCCUCACCCCUGCUCUGCUCUGUCCCACAGGGAGCGGCAGCCCCCCGGGGAAAGCGCUCGGAAGGGCGGCGAGCGGCGGGGCGAGCAGAGGGGCGAGCAGAGGGGCGAGCAGAGGGACGAGCAGAGGGGCGAGCAGCGGGGAGAGCAGCGGGGAGAGCAGCGGGCACUGCGCCCCGUCUGCCGCCUCCUGCCCCUGGUGAGUGAGACCCCGGCAUGGGACAGGCUGGAAGGGGAGCUCUGCCGCCCUCCGCUCAUCCCCCUGUCCCUGCCCAGGAGGAGAGCGCUAAGGGCGCCCGCAGGAGGAAGAGGAAGGUGA